AUGAACGGCUUUGCGUCGCUCGAGAAGGACGGCCACGCGGGCGAGUUGGGCGGCAACGGCAUCAAGCUUGGCGAGGUCAAGUUCCAAGUGGUGCCCGGUGAUGAGACGGUGAUCCGCGGCAAGUCCAAGGGCGGCGGCCUGUGCGUCAAGCGCACCAACACCGCGCUCGUGAUCGGGGUGUACGACGAGCCCGUCGCGCCCGGCGACUGCAACGUGGUCGUGGAGAACUUGGGGGACUACCUGAAGAGCAUGGAGUACUAG